CCUGGUCAUGCAGGGUAUAUAAGAGGCAGUUAAUCAUGAAUCACCAUCGUCUGCAGGCCAGCAAACCAGCUAAAAUGGGAAAGAUCAUCUUUUUUGAGGAUAGGGACUUCAAAGGGCGCUCAUAUGAGUGCAGCUCUGAUAGCUCAGACUUGCUUUCUUUCUUUAACCGUUGUGGUUCUAUCCGUGUUGAACAUGGAAACUGGAUGGUGUAUGAAUUUCCUAACUAUAGAGGAUGUCAGUUUUUCCUGGGAAGAGGAGAAUAUCCCGAUUUCAACCAAUGCCUGGGCUUUGGAGAUUCCAUCCGUUCUUGCAGGAUUAUUCCACAGCACGGUUCAUGCAAGAUAAGACUUUACGAGAGGGAAGAUUUCAGAGGUCAGAUGAUGGAAUUCACUGAAGACUGCCCUCAACUGUUCGAGAAAUUUCGUUACCAUGACAUCCACUCCUGCAAUGUGCUGGAAGGCCACUGGAUCUUCUAUGACGAGCCCAACUACAAGGGGCGUCAGUAUUACCUGAGACCCGGGGAGUACAGGAAAUACAGUGACUGGGGUGGGGAUAACAGCCGGGUUGGCUCCAUCAGACGAGCUGUAGACUUUCACUAACAAUCUGAAUCCAGGAUUCAAUCUCAAUGUGAUUCAAAAUAAACAAUUAUAAAGUU